AUGGCGAGUGAUUCUGACAAUUUCGAGGAAAAUAUCGAAAAUAUAAAAGCGACAGUUCGAAAAUCUUUUGCUCGCAUUUAUGCGAGUUUGAAAGCCAGGGAACUAAAAACAUUAAGACAACUUGAUGCUAUUCGGAAACAAUGCGAGAAUAACAAAGACUUCGAAAGAAAUUGUGUUCAGAAUAUUAAAAUAUGCUAUAGUAAUGAGUCCAGUUUAUUAGAUUAUAUUAACAAUUAUGGUGUAAUUGAUUUUGAAAGACUUAGUUUUGAUAAUAAUACUUUUAUAUUAGAAGACUAUAUUAGUCCAAACGAUGAUCAUAUGUACUCUUAUAAAACAAUAGAAGAAUUAACUGAGAAAGAAGAUCUAGACGAAUUGGAAGCUAUAGAAGAAGCUGCAUUGAAACAGGUUACGGAAACUGUGGAUUGUGUAUGCUAUGUCAAUGUUCAAACAGAAGAAGUUUCAAAACAAUUUAGAAAUUUAGAUACUAAAGUCAGUCAAGUUAACAAUUCCAUUAGUAAUAAUGAAGACUGUGUUGAUAGUCGUAAAGAAACAGAAUGUGAAGGACUUAAUUCUGACGAAGAAAAAAGUGAGUGUUCCGAUUCAGAUGUAAAAAAAAUUAAUCCUACUGAUGACUGGCUGAAUUCUAUUAAAGAUCAGACUGAAACUGAGCCGUCACAAGUAAAUGAUGUAAUGGAGCAUAGUACUAUAACUUGCUCU